GUCGGUAAUGUAAAUGCAAACCACGGCAAGACUACAACUCAUAUCUUCUGCGCUAAAACAGGCUUCUUUUCAACCGUCCUGAACACCGCACGGUGGUAACACAAAUCGUCGUAAGACUACAAACUAUUUCUUCAGGACUUGAUCAAACUGCAAAUCAAUCAUCAUAUACUCUCAAUGCGGCAAUCAAACCACCGCAAGAUAAAGAACUAGGCUACAGCAAGCUGCGGGCCAUUGGUACUGACACGUUGCGAGGACGAACAAAUUGAUCGCCAUUCGGCAAAGGUUCUUCUCAUACACACACUUCAAGUAACUUUUUUCUCUUCAAAACAGACUCAAUUCAAGACACCUUGAUUAAUUUGAAACUUUUUCACGCGGAUUAUCAGCUGCCAUGAAGAAAACGAGUCAAGUAAAACCGAUCUUCGACUUGAGAAUGGAAGAGAAAAUAACAACACCGAAAAGUAUCACUAGAACUACAAGAAGAGUACGCAUGGCGAUUAUGGUUGUAAUGUGCUUGAUCGGUAUGACUGGUUUGACAGUUCUUACGAUACUAGACGCUUUGAAAGCCAAUCAGGUGACCGCUCAAACCAAGGCACUGCAAGCUAGCGUAACCCUGAGCAUCGAAGUCGCGGAGCUCAUUCACAAACUGCAAAUUGAACGAGGAACACGAGUCUUGCACUUCAGUUCAGAUGCAGAUAAAGGACUAUGGCCAGAUGUGUUACAAGUAGCAAAUAAGACUGAUGAGGUGGCGGAAAAUCUCGCCAGCUGGCCACAAGAUCAUCUUGAAACGUAUCAUUUUAACAGCCUGGAGACAUUUAUGGCGCUGAUAAAUAACCAUCGCAGGUCUCACCCUCCCGGCAAUAGUUCAAUCGUAGAGGAAAUCUCGUUUUAUACGCAGACAAUUUCGAACUUGUUUGAUUGGUCUUUCCGCAACGUCCAGCAAUCAGACCAAGACAUCCUGUCAGACUACAUCGGUUAUCAAAUGCUCCUAAUUGGCAAAGAGAAAACUGGCAUUGAGCGCGCUCUGGGAGGUUCAUAUUUCAGUCGAGGAUUUUUUCGGAAUACAAGUGAUUUACUUUGGUAUGCAGAGCAAAAUCAUGUGGGACGAGAGAAGUUACACACGAGUAUGCAACUCAUGCCGGAGAUUGAAGCUAUUUACAAUAAAACCGUUGAAGCUUCUAACAAGACGGUUUUGGUUACCGUGGAGAAAAAAAGAAAAGUUAUCUUGGGCAAUAAAAAGCAAAACGCGUCAGUCGAGUUGGGAGUGGAGUGGUUUCAUCUCAUGACUGUUUACAUAAAUGCAUUACUUCAAGUUCAAAAGGAGGUCGGGAAAUUGAUCCUUGACAAACUUGCGGAGGAUGUAAGCUUGGCAGAGACGGACUCGAUUCUAAAGUUUUCCGUGUUUGGCUUUGUUCUGUUGCUUAUGCCCUGCUUUGUGUUCAUUGUUUACACGAUCCAGAGAUACGCAAGCAAACUUCAUCAAACAACGAAACAGCUGAAGGAAGAAAAACAUAGGGCGGAUUGUCUUCUUUACCAAAUGCUGCCGUAUCCUGUCGCCGAACAGCUCAAGGGCGGGCAGACUGUCACAGCAGAGCAGUUUGAAAGCGUCACUGUCUUUUUUAGUGAUAUCGUGGACUUUACGCAAAUCUGCGCCACUAUUUCACCAAUGGAGGUCACACAGAUGUUGAAUCAACUUUAUGGAAUCUUUGACAACCACAUCGACAAAUACGACGUCUAUAAAGUGGAGACCAUCGGUGACGCUUAUAUGGUCGUAUCAGGCUUACCAGAGAAAAAUGGCCACAAUCACGUCACUGAGGUAGCCCUGAUGGCGCUUCAUCUGGUGGAGCUCAUGAAAAGUGUUCAUUUUGGCUCCGAUGACGGAAGAGAUCUCAGCGUAAGAAUCGGAAUACACACGGGCCCUUGCGCGGCAGGAGUUGUAGGGAACAAAAUGCCGCGCUAUUGUUUGUUUGGCGACACUGUAAACACCGCCUCCAGAAUGCAGACAACUGGAUUGCCUCAGAAAAUCCAUGUGAGUAAAGAUACAAAGGAUAUGCUGGAAUCUACCGAUGGUUAUCAUCUGGAAUUCAGAGGAUUAGUUGACGUCAAAGGCAAGGGUGCAAUGGAAACCUACUGGCUUUUAGAUAAUACGCCUCCAUGUGUUUCGCAAACGUAUGAGAGACCAGAUAUGGCAAGUAUUAGUAGGUAUCAAGUCGAAAUCUGAGCUUGGCUUUACGCUUGCACAGGGCCCUUCUCCGAUAUACAAGCUGGAAGUCAAGUAGACAGCGUUUACACUCACUCACGUGACAGGCAAUCAAGAGUAGUAAUCAAAG